AACUGCAAAAGUGUACCAUUUCAGUUGAAGUGUCAACUCCUCCUCUUCUCUUCUUCAUGGCGGCUAUAUCGGUGUCAGUGUCAGGCUCAGCCUCAACCUUUCACAAUCCCAGACCUUCUUUAUCGGAACAUCUUCUCGCGCAACCGAAAAGCGUGGCCUUCUCUUCUUCCGCCACUUUCCAUGGCCACCACCACGACCACCGCAGACCCACCUUCUCUGCAAGAACCAUCGACCGCAACAUUGCCGAUGCCGCUUUACCUGUCAAUGGAUCUCUUCCUUCGACUGUCACAACAACCCCAUCAAAGGUGAGAAGGCAUACAAUAUCGGUGUUCGUUGGGGAUGAAAGUGGAAUGAUUAACAGGAUUGCGGGGGUGUUUGCAAGGAGAGGAUACAACAUAGAGUCCCUGGCAGUUGGUCUGAACAAAGACCGGGCACUCUUCACUAUUGUUGUCUCUGGCACUGAAAGGAUCUUGCAACAAGUCAUUGAACAGCUUAACAAGCUUGUCAAUGUCUUGAAGGUUGACGAUAUUUCUAAUGAGCCUCAGGUGGAACGUGAGCUUAUGCUUAUUAAAGUCAGUGCUGAACCAUCCUACCGUGCUGAGAUUAUGUGGUUAGUGGACACAUUCAGAGCAAAAAUUGUGGAUAUUUCUGAACACUCCUUAACUAUUGAGGUGACUGGAGAUCCAGGAAAGAUGGUUGCAUUGCAAAGAAAUUUAAGCAAGUUUGGAAUCAAAGAAGUUGCCAGAACUGGAAAGAUUGCCUUGAGGAGGGAAAAGUUGGGCGAAUCAGCUCCAUUUUGGCGAUACUCAGCAGCUUCAUAUCCAGAUCUUGAAGGAACAACACCUGUUGAUGCUCUUGCAGCAGUUGAAAGUAGAUCAGUCAAAAGUGAACCUGACAAGUCUCUUGGGGGUGAUGUUUAUCCUGUGGAGCCAUCUGAUAUCUCUACGUUCAAUCAAGUUCUUGAUGCUCACUGGGGUGUUCUCAAUGAUGAAGAUACAAGCGGUUUUCGAUCACAUACUCUGUCCAUGCUUGUCAAUGAUGUUCCCGGAGUUCUUUACAUUGUUACUGGGGUUUUUGCUCGAAGAGGCUAUAACAUUCAGAGUUUAGCUGUUGGCCAUGCAGAAAGUGAGGGCCUUUCUCGAAUUACAACUGUUGUUCCUGGUACAGAUGAAUCAAUUUCUAAGUUAGUGCAGCAGCUUUAUAAGCUUGUUGAUCUUCAUGAGGUCCAGGAUCUUACCCACCUGCCGUUUGCUGAAAGGGAGUUAGUGUUGAUAAAGGUGGCAGUGAAUGCUGUUGCACGGAGAGAUGUCCUUGACAUUGCUAACAUAUUCAGGGCUAAAGCUGUUGAUGUUUCUGAUCAUACAAUAACCCUUGAGCUUACGGGAGAUUUGGACAAGAUGGUUGCACUACAAAGACUGUUAGAGCCCUAUGGCAUCUGUGAGGUGGCACGAACUGGACGAAUUGCACUGGUGCGCGAGUCGGGUGUAGACUCUAAAUAUCUCCGGGGCUUUUCUUAUCCUGUAUAAUCUGCCAGAGCUGAGAGUUGUGAUGAUGGUGGAAAAGCAUGAGAGCCCGACAUCUGAGAAUGCAGACAAAUUUGUUUGCUGUGCUAAUGUGUUAGUUGACUAAAAUUGGUCACAGGGAGAGCGAUGUCAGUUGUAAAGCUCUUGUAUGCUUGUAAAUUUUGGCUAAUGUUUUUAUCGAGUUAGUUACCCAGUUUGUUUUCAUUGGUAUAGGAACAAUUACAUUAUUUUUUUUCUCUUUUACUUGUAGUAAUUUUACCGUUGUCUUUGCAAUAGAGGAAAUUGUAUGCUUUAAUGUUA